AUGGAGGAAAUAAAGCUUGAAGUUGUUAAUUUUUACAAGUCACAAUUUACUCAGGAAGGGGAUACUAAUGAUUUUGAAUUACUCAGGGUUAUUCCUUCUCUGAUUAAUCAUGAGCAAAAUAUGCAGCUAUGCUCCUACCCAACUAAGGAAGAAGUUAAGGAGGCAGUUUUUGCUCUAAGUGGUGACAGUGCAAGUGGUCCAGAUGGUUUUACAGGUGUGUCUUAUCAACAGUGUUGGGACAUUGUGGGAAAUGAUGUGCAUGCAGUAGUAUUGUCCUUUUUUUAUGGUGCUGAACUUCCUAAAUCUAUCACUCAUACUAAUUUGGUGCUUAUUCCUAAGAGACAUCUGAUUCAGACCUUUUCGGAUAUGAGGCCAAUUAGUUUAUCUAAUUUUAUUAACAAGGCAACUAGCUUUUUCCAAUCCACUAGGGGGGUGAAGCAGGGGGAUCCUCUAUCACCCACUUUAUUUCUUUUAUCAGCUGAGGUUUUAUCAAGGGCUUCGAAUUCUCUCUUUAAUGAUGCUGGUUAUAUUGGAUAUGGGAUGCCAAAGUGGUCUAAUGCCCUUAAUCAAUUGGCAUAUGCUGAUGACAUAAUAAUCUUUGCCUUUGCUCAACCAGAUUCUUUACAAAGUAUUAUGAGAGUUUUGAGUAGGAAAAGGAAGGAGUAUUAUUCUGAUCUUAUUAAGAGAAUGAAAGGGAGAUUGCACUCAUGGAAGGGCAAGUUAUUAUCUUUUGGUGGUAAAGCAGUAUUAAUAAAGAGUGUAUUACAAACUAUGCCAUUACAUCUCUUAUCAGUACUGGCUCCUCCUAAGUGUGUGUUGAAUGAGCUUCAUAAGGUAUUUGCUAGAUACUUUUGGAGCAAUAAAGAAGAGGGGAGAAGUAAACACUGGGUUGCAUGGAAAGAUGUUUGCUUACCUAUUCAGGAAAAAGGAUUGGGGUUCAAAUCUUUAUUUGAUGUUUCAAAAGCACUGUUUGCUAAGCUUUGGUGGAGAUUUAGGACCACAAGUACUUUGUGGGCAAACUACAUGUGGAAUAAAUAUUACAAGAAAGUGAUUCCUAAUUUGGUGCAAUGGAAAGGGGGAACUCAAGUGUGGAAGAGGAUGUUAGAAGCCAGAGAAGAUAUGGAUCAUGAAAUAUGGUGGGAAAUUAAAGGAGGAUCUGUUAAUGUUUGCUAUCAGAACUGGACUAAACUAGGACCAUUGCAUUGGGUGGUGCCUAAUGAUUUUCCUAUAAAUGAGGGAUUAGAAGAUGUAGCAGAUCUUAUUGAGGAUGGAAGAUGGAAGGAACAAUUGAUUUAG